AGGCAAGCUCAAAGGUUUACAUACAUGCUGGCAGAUAUACAAGUCACCUCUUUCAAUCAACCCGUUGAGGUGAUCAGACGUGCACUGUUAGAGCUCCUUCCAGUGCAGUAGAGCUGAGAUUGAAAAGAAUUUCUUUUCUUCAAGUGAGGCAUAAUUUGCCAUCCGAAGGUUUGCUUGAGAAUUGUAUCCCUGAAACCACAGCAAUUGAGUUACUUGGACAGGAAUUCUUCCAUUUUGAAAUAUUGCUUGGAUAUUUUGGAUUUUCAGAAUUUUAAUAUUCGUUAACCAUGGCAAGUGAAGGUGACCUUUGUGGAAUUGGUAAUCCUCUUCUGGAUAUAUCGGCAAAUGCAGAUGAAACAUUCCUCAAAAAAUAUGACUUGGAAGCCAAUAACGCUAUCCUGACCGAGGAUAAACAUAUACCAAUGUUCAAGGACAUGAUUGAUAAUCUAGAAGUGGAGUAUAUCCCCGGUGGAGCUACACAGAACACCUUCAGAGUAGUACAGUGGGUGUUGGACAAGCCAAAAGUGUGUACGUUCUUUGGCUGCAUCGGUGAGGAUGACUAUGGGAAGAAAUUAUCAGAAGGAAUGGCCAGCGCAGGAUGCAACGCAAGGUACCAGAUCAAUAAAGAAGUCAGCACAGGAACGUGUGCUUGCGUCAUCACAUCGGGAGGCAAAAACAGGUCGCUUGCUGCCAAUCUAGCUGCAGCCAACCACUUCAAUGAGUCUCACUUUGAGGACAAAGAAAACUGGGAUUUAGUUGUGAAGGGCAAACUAUUUUACUCAGCAGGCUUCCAUCUCACGGUGUCUCCAGAUUCCAUGUUACGCCUGGCUAAGCAUGCAGCGGAAAACAACAAGAUCUACUGCACCAAUCUCUCGGCGCCAUUCCUCUGUCAGUUCUUCAGCGAACCCAUGAUGAAACUCAUGCCUUACGUGGACUUCCUCUUCGGCAAUGAAACGGAAGCUGUAAGCUUUUCUGAGGCACAAAAUUUUGGGACAAAGGACGUCAAGGAGAUAGCACUGAAAGCAGCAGAACUUGAGAAAGUGAACAAGGGAAGAAAGAGGACUGUGGUGUUCACUCAGGGAGAUCAAGCAACUAUAGUGGUCAAAGAUGGUCAAGUUACAGAAUAUCCCAUCCUUCCCAUCAAAGCCGAUCAGAUCGUCGACACCAACGGAGCCGGGGAUGCCUUCGUAGGGGGUUUUCUAGCACAACUCGUCCAAGACCAAGAUAUAGCACGGUGUGUAGCAUGUGGACAUUACGCGGCAUCGUACAUCAUUCAACAAUCGGGUACUACAAUGAAAGAUAAAUCUGAUUUCAAAUAGACUAUGAUCGAUUAUCUCUAGUAAUUUGAUAACCUAAUGGGGCUCUCCAAGAAAUAGCUAUCGAUCGCAAAUUUAAAAUCUCAAAUCAGUAAUGUUCUUGACUGCAAAUUUACAAUUAAUUAGGUACUAUUCUGUUACAUGCAAGAGAUAUUUGUGGUUAAUUACAAUUUCUUGCAAUUGAUAAGGUAUUUUCCCUUUACUUGCAAGAGAAAAUUGCAAUUAAUUUCUAGUGACAAUUGAUCUGAUCAGUUGCAAUUUCUUAAUUGAUUAUUGUGAUUGAUAAUGACCGUUUCUUGCAAAUGAUUAUGUACUGACUUUUUAACUUGCAAGAGGAAAUUACAAUUUCUCUGAAGAAUCAGUCUUAUCAGUUGCAAAUUUUAAGUAACGAUUUGUUUUAUCAGGUGCAAAUUUUGACGUUUGCGAUUGAUUACAGUUUCUUGGAAUGUCCCCUUAGUCAUCGAUUUAUACUGCCUCAUUUAUAAGGUGACAAAACUGAGUCAAUGUUUAUAAUUGAGUAAGAUUUUCAUAUUGAAUUUUCCCCAAAUAUCUACUGGUACCAUAAUUUCAAAAUAGAAUGGGAAAAGUAAUACUAAAAAUCAGUUUGAUUAACAUCUAUGUGUGUGAGGAAAAACAAAUGACCAUUGCACAUCAUUAUUUUUCUACGUAGGAUUUUUAAGAAAAAUCUUGUUUGGUUGUAAAAACUUAUCAUAGAAUGUCAUUUUCCAAGCAUGGGCUGUAACACAAAAUAUGAUUUUGUGUUUUAUGUACAUUUUACCCUGAAAAUAAUUCUCUGAGAAUUAGGGUAAAUUUAGCUUUAUUCUUAUUGACAGGGGGCAAGGCUCAUGUGCGUGUUUGUUUAUUUUUGCUUCAGUCAUGUUUAGUCUUUAAUAUCGGUUCUUUUCCAGAUAUGGUGAUGAAUGGGUAUUCUCUGGGCCAUUGUGUUUAAACUUAAAUCAUGUUUGACACUAUGGAUUUCUUUAAAAGUUGAGUAUGGUGAAAUGAUAACUAAGAUCAGGGGAGCUGCAUUUCAUCAAAAUUUUGGUCAGACUACGGUAAUUGUCGGAUAAAACAUCACUCCCAUCAAUAUUUUUUGUCCCACAAGUUGUCGGAGCUGACAACCGUUGGAGGGUUUUGGUUGGCUGGGAAUUACUGUUACUAUCUGUCUGAUAAAACAGGACUUGACUCGUCAGAUAGAACACCCCAGCUCUUUCAUGUAUUGUUGAUAUGUUAUCUGCUUAAAAACAUUCAAAGGUGCAAAAACCUUCCAGCAAAAUCUAGCAAUUAAAUGUAUAAAGAAAUAUCCAAGUAUUGUAGACUGAUGGCAACCAAUCAAGAUCAAGUAUAGGAAUUGGUCAUGCCUGCUUGUAAUAUCCAAUCAGAGAGCUGUUUCAAAUCUGCAGUUAAGAACAUGUUGUACAGGGUUUAGGUCAUGCUUGUAGUGUGUGUUGACCUAUUUAAAACAUUUAUUUUCAACUGAAGAUAAAUGCAAUUGUGGUAAUGAACUAAAAAAAAUAAAAAUGGUUUGACCAAAAUCCAAUAAAACAACCACUUAUGUGUUUGGAUGUUGAAAUGAUUUAAAAAGAAAUGUGCCAAAUGGUUUUGCUACAAAAAAAAUGUGUACCGGGAAUUUUCUGAGAUUUUUACAAGGCAAGCAUGGCAUCCCAGCCUGGUAUGGGGAAUUUUUAUCAAGCAAUAAAAAUGCACUGUCCCACAUGUGUGUUUUCUCUGUUGGGAAUCUUCCGUUGGAUCAUUUUCAACUUAGAUUUCAUGAUGUUACAUAGUUUGGUUUAUGCAAAUGAACCAGAUAUAGAUCUACAAUGGUAUGGUUACAAGUAACCUUGAUAUUAAAGAUUUUCUCAUGAAAUCCUGCUUGCUGCAAGCACAUGUAUUUAUUUUUAAGUUCUGGUUUCGAAUUUGAAUGAUGGAAGAAACUCUUGAAAGUGGUUGAGAAAAGCAGUGUAUAAUGACCCCAAGUGGUGUUUGCUGAAAAGCUACAAAUUUGCCAAACUCCUAACAAUUUGACUCAGUGGGCGCGUCGUGGUCUAGUGGUUUUGACUCUUGCCUUUCAAACAGAGAGUCAUGGGUUCGAGUCCUAGCCUUGGCAUGUUUUCCUUCAGCAAGAAAUUUAUCCACACUGUGCUGCACUCGACCCAGGUGAGGUACCCGGCAUGUUUAAUUCCUUAAAUUCCUUUGCACCAACUGGGGCUUGUUCAGUAAAAGUAUCUGGUAAAAAUCAUUUUCAAUAAAAACGUUUUCUUGUGUCACAGUUUUUACAUCAACCAUGGGCUUGUUUCAUAAAGACUUAGUUUCAACUAUUGUAAAUUUGCCAUUAUUGUAACUUCCAUGAAAACAUCGAUGGUGAUUGCCCGCUGAGCCCUGUUACCGUGUUAUUUUUCCAUAAUGUGGCAUAGUUAAAAUAGUUGUAACUCUUUUUAUGAAUUGGACCUCAGAUAAAUAUCUUAGAUGGUAUCUAUAUUUGGAUUAAGUACAGUGUAUAUUUAGAUAGUCAUCAAUUGUACAUAAAGUACUUGUGUCAGUGCUAUUAUAGUAGUUAGUCUCUUUCUCUCUCUCCCUUUCUCUCUAUCGAUUUGUUUCGGAUGUCUUUCCUGAACAUUUUUUUCUAAAGUAGUCCAGUAUUACAAAGAAGAUGUGAAGAUAUUGUAUUGUUUCCGCAGGCCCCAGUCGCAUGAAAUUUCAAUGAUGCCAACUUUGCUAUUACCAGUGAAUUCCAUUUAAAAAUGUUGAUUUUUGAUUGGCCAAUGGUUGUUGCUACUGCUACCAUGGUGAUGGCAGAGUAACGAGCAAUGGAUAAUUUUGCGUAUUGCAUUCACCAAUUUAUCUUGAAUAUCUCUCAGGUUUAAUUCAAAUGAUCUGUUUAUGAUAUCAAACAAAAAAUAAUGACUCUGAUGAUCUAUGUAUGGCAAAAUUUUACCAAGAAAUUGAGAUAAAAGAUAAAUGAAAUGAAA